ACAGUUCUCAGGAGGAAAUUAUCGCCACAGUUCUAGUUCAGGCUAGUCGUUUUAGUUCUCAGGUCAGACAAUUCGUCAUAGUUCUAGGUCGGACUAGUGGCCAUAGUUAUAGGUCGGACUAGUUGCCAUAUAGUUCUCAGGUCGGACAAUAGUUCUAGGCCGGACUAGUCGCCAUAGUUCUCAGGUCGUACAAUUCGUCAUAGUUCUCGGAUGGGAAUAAUCACCUAAGUUCAAAGAUCAGGCAAAGCGUAGCAUGUUUCAAUUGCCUAAAAAAGUGCUGAAAAAGCAGACGAUACCACUAGCGUGGUCGCUGAUUUGUGUUACAAACUUCGUGUAUCUUUAUAUAUUCCACAGUUAUAUAUAUGGAAAAAGUCGUCAUUGUGACGCCAAUUUUAAGAAAGAUUUGAAAAGAAAUUUCGAAGAGAGACAUCCCGAAGAUGACAAUACAGUUGACAGGUAUCAGAACACUAACACUUCCAGUGUGUCUUUAUUUUUACAUAGUAAAUGGUCGGAGGUACCAUGCAACAUGUCGGAGUACCUUAAAAUCCUCAGGGACGAAUGCAAAACACAGAAACACAAACAAAAUAAAAAGAAUUGCAACGUUGAAUACUUGUACAAUGACUGUGACGGGCUGCGAAAAUCUUAUCUGUAUGGAAAAGAGGGAACUACUUUCGAAGAAAAAAUAUUCCCUUUAGCGUAUGCUUUAAAGAUUCAUAAAGAUUCAAACCAAGCUCAUAGAUUGCUUAGAUAUAUAUAUCAGGAACACAACGUUUAUUGCAUCCAUGUUGACAAAAAGGCACUAAACGAAAUUUACAUGUUUUUCAAAGGCAUUGAAAAAUGCUUUGAUAAUAUAUUUGUGGUAGACAACCCGGUUACGGUUAUAUAUUCGUCCAUACGACAAGUAGAAGCAGAGUUAAAAUGCAUGGAGAUUUUAAACACUCUGAAGACUAAAUGGAAAUAUUACAUCAAUUUGACUGGACAAGAGUUUAUGCUUAAAACAAAUUUAGAAAUUGUAAAAAUAUUGAAACUAUUAAAUAAUACAAAUAACAUAGAAAGCGAGACAAUACCUAAUGGUCAGAAGGAAAAAAUAAUUUGGAAGCGCAUUAUCGUUGGGAACCAGCUCAAACAGACAUCAGUUAAAAACGGACGUUUUCCAGAGGAUGUUGGAAUUCGGAAGGGAUCGGCUUAUGGGAUGUUCACUAAAGCUUUUGUGCAGUAUAUUUUACAUGAUCCGUUCGUGAAAGAACUUUUACUUUGGUUUCAAAACACGUUUUCCCCUGAAGAAUUUAUUUGGGCAACGCUCCAGAAAUUGCCCAACUCCCCAGGAGGUUGUGCACGGACAGAAUGCACCAAAUUUAUUUCGCGUGAAGUGGUAUGGAGACAUACACCGAACAGAACUACACAAUGUUAUGGAAAAUUUGUUCGUUAUAUUUGCAUCUUUGGUUUAAAAGACGUUCCCAGGUUACUUACAAACGAAAAUAUCGUCGCAAACAAAUUCUACGAGAGUUAUCAGCCCUUGGCAUUAGACUGUAUCGAACAAGGAAUGUAUGAGAGACUUUUAAAUGGCGGGCAUCUGAGUUUUGAUUUGAAUGAAUAUAAGAAACUUCUAGAAUAGGGCUUUGAAGGGAUUUGAAAA